AUGGAUGAACAAGGCAGUGACAGACCUGGUAAUCCUGAAGAUGAAUUAAGUGUAUCAAAUGUAUCCGUACAAAUGGCAGAUUCAGAAGAAAAGUGGGAAAGAAUUGCAAGGAAACUCAAUAGGUCAGCAAAAUCAAAGAGGAAAGCCAAAAGAAACAAGUCUCUUUGGAAUUUUCAAAAUAAAAUCAUCCUGUUUACAGUGGUCCUCUUCAUUGUAGGUGUUAUAACUUGGACGUUAUUGUGGCUCUUUAUUGUUCAGGCAGAAAGCAAAGAUGCACUGUAUUUUGUUGGAUUAUUUCGUGUUGCCAACAUUGAGUUUCUCCCAGAGUAUCGGCAGAAGGAAUCCAGGGAGUUUCUCUCUGUUGCACAGAAUGUGCAGCAAGUGAUGAACUUGGUAUAUACCAAAUCUGCUUUCUCCAAAUUCUAUAAGCAAUCCAUUGUCUCAGAUGUCAGUAACAACAACAAUGGGGGUCUUCUUGUCCAUUUCUGGAUUGUGUUUGUGGUGCCACAGGCUAAAGGCCAAGUGUUUUGUGAAGAUUGUGUAGCUGCUAUUUUAAAGGACUCGAUUCAGACAAGCAUCAUCAAUCGAACCUCAGUAGGGAGUCUUCAAGGCCUUGCUGUCGAUAUGGACUCCAUUGUGCUUAGCGUUGGGCUUCGAUCUGAUUACUCUUCAACAACAGGAACAGGUUCAAGUUGCAUAUAUGAUCUGCAUGCAGACCGGCUGCACCAGCACUUUCCAUUGGACAUUUCAACAACAUCUGGGAGGAUGAUCUGCUAUUUCAAACUGAUUGCAUUGGUCGGCUACUUAAUCCGCCUCUCCAUAGCAUCCAUUCAGAUUGAAGCAGACAAUUGCAUCACUGAUUCGUUGACCAUUUAUGACUCCCUGAUGCCAAUCAAAAGUAAGAUACUGUAUCGAAUUUGUGAACCAACCAAUUCAUUCCUGUCUUUCGUUUCUACAAAUAAUUUGAUGCUGGUUACUCUGAAGUCCACGCAAGUGAAGAAAGUGAAGGAAUUUCAUGGAUACUUUGAAGUGAUCCCACAAGAAAAAUGCGGCAAAGCUAUACUGGCAUUGGGAAGUCCUCGGUUUGAAGGGAGAAUCACAAGUCCUUAUUACCCAAGUUACUACCCUCCGAAAUGCAUUUGUACGUGGAGUUUCCAGACUCCCCUGAAAAAUCUUGGCAUAGCGCUGAAAUUUCAUAAUUAUACUAUCAGUGAAAAAAGCAUUAAAGGCUGUGAGCACGGAUGGUGGAAAAUUAACGAACACAUGUAUUGCGGUUAUUACAUUGAUCAUCAAUCAAUAUUCCGAGUUGCAAGCUUUGCAGUUAACGUUGAGUUUCAAUGUAGUUCCAAAAUUUCAGAGCAGCCACUGCUUGUAGAAUAUGGAAGCUACAAUAUCAGCCAACCUUGUCCACUUGGAUCUUUUGAAUGCCACACAGGUUUAUGUGUUCAACAAACUCGGCGCUGUGAUGGGAUCAAUGACUGCUUUGAUGAAAGUGAUGAGCUCUUUUGUGGUGUUUCCAAAGAAAACUGUAACACCAGCUUCCUAACACAGCACCAUUCCCUUUUCUGUGAUGGAAUAAAUGACUGUGAAGAUGGUCAAGACGAACGACACUGCACUGAAAGCAUUCCGUGUACCAACAAUACAUUUAAGUGCAGCAAUAAUAUUUGCUUCAGGAAGCAGAAUGCAAGAUGUGACGGGAUUGUAGACUGCCUCGAUCGAAGUGACGAAAACAAUUGCAGCUGUGGCAGCACUAAAUACCGCAACAUGCCCCACCGGAUUGUGGGGGGGAUGGAUGCCCACGAAGGUGAAUGGCCGUGGCAAGUCAGCCUCCAUUUUGCUGGAGUUGCUUACUGUGGAGCCUCUGUGAUAUCAAAGGAGUGGCUUCUCUCCGCUGCCCAUUGUUUUCAAGGGAACAGGUUAUCUGAUCCUAGAAUCUGGACAGCUCAUAUGGGAAUGCGCACUCAAGGAAAAGCCAAAUUUGUCUCUACUGUGAGGAGGAUUAUUGUGCACGAGUACUACAACAGCAGGAAUUAUGACUACGACAUUGCCCUGCUCCAAUUAAGCACACCGUGGCUGGACACAAUGAGGUGGUUAAUUCAGCCAAUUUGCCUGCCUCCCAUCACACACAGAGUUCACACUGGGGAGAAAUGCUGGGUAACAGGAUGGGGGCAAAAGCAAGAAACAGAUGAUGAAACCUCAGCAGUUUUGCAAAAAGCAGAGGUAGAGAUUGUUGAUCAAACACUGUGUCAUUCAACAUAUGGGCUUAUUACAGCCCGCAUGCUGUGUGCUGGGAUGCUGUCUGGGAAAAGGGAUAGCUGCAAAGGAGAUUCUGGAGGACCCCUAUCAUGUCGAAGCAAAAGUGAUGGAAAGUGGUUCUUGAUGGGAAUCGUUAGCUGGGGCUAUGGCUGUGGAAGACCCAAUUUCCCUGGAGUAUACACAAGGGUGUCAAAUUUUGCUACAUGGAUACACAAAUAUGUGCCUUCAGUUUUUUAA